AUGACACGGUCCAGUGCUGCGACUCCUGUGUUUGUGCAGAAGGGCGGUGAUGUUCUUCUGGAGGUCAUGCAAGCUGAUGUACCUACAGAUUUUCUUUUUCUUUCAUGGACAUUCAAUAGAAGGGACGUUUUAGUAAUAUUUUCACCCGGCAAAGAACCAGUGGUCUCCAAUGCUUACGAUGGCAGGGUUGAGGCUUUUGUGAAAAAUGACUCCGUCAAAAUGAAGAAUCUAACAGAGGCCGACACUGGAGUUUACACUGCGCGAGUGGUAGGGGCUCAAGAACAAAUACUAGCUGAAUACAACGUCACGGUUGAAGAUCCAGUGUCUCCAGUUGAGCUGACAGUAGAGUCCGUGUCCGCCAGCUCAGACUCCUGUAACAUCAGUGUGACCUGCAGCACACGGGACUCACAUCACAUUAACAGCACUUUCCGAUGUGACGCCCAAACCUGCGGUCAGGAGGGGGGACAGGGAACCAAGGUCGCAACCGCUGGCGCUUCCCUCCAUGUCUACCUGUCGCACGGCUCAAUCGUCUGUAACCACAGCAACCGGGUCAGCUGGGCCAGGGACAUGAAAACAACAAAACAUUUUUGUACCAGACACGCUGGGACCAGAGUCUCAAAGGAAAGCUUCCAACAUCGUGUGGAAUCCAGGCCACGAAGAAACUGA